AUGGACAAGCUCAACCACCAGCCAAGAGGUAAUGAUGGCUCCACCCCAGCUGCAGGUGACAACGGCUCAACACCAGCAGGAGGUAAUGACGGCUCCACCCCAGCUGAAGGUGACGACGUCUCAACACCAGCAGGAGGUAAUGACGGCUCCACCCCAGCUGGAGGUGAUAACAGCUCAUCACCAGCAGGAGGUAAUGACGGAUCCACCCCAGCUGGAGGUGACGACGGCUCAUCACCAGCAGGAGGUAAUGACGGCUCCACCCCAGCUGGAGGUGAUAACAGCUCAUCACCAGCAGGAGGUAAUGACGGAUCCACCCCAGCUGGAGGUGACGACGGCUCAUCACUAGCAGGAGGGAAUGACGGCUCCACUCCAGCUGGAGGUGAAAAUGGCUCAACACAGCAGGAGGUAAUGACGGCUCCACCCCAGCUGGAGGUGUAA